AUGCUGCUCAAUCAGACACCCCGCGCAUGUCUGCGCAUCGCCUCUUCUUCGACACAACAAGUUCGCCAUGCCUCAUUGAUGCGCCGCCCCAAGCGACCAUACACCUUCACCCAGCUCGUCACUCUGUCCGAUGGCAGCUCUUUUGUCCAGCGCACCACCAGCCCGCAACCCGUAUACCGCAGCACAAAGGACGUGCGCAACAACCCGCUCUGGAACCCCAGCAGUCAGAAACUGUUGAACAUUGAAGAGGAUGAGGCUGGUCGUCUGAAGAGAUUCAGAGGUCGUUUCGGUCGUGGUUGGGAUGCUGAGGCUGUUGCUGGUUCCGAAGACGUGCGAGAUGGCGAAGAAGCUCUUGCUCCCGAAGAAGCAGAGGACUCCCUGCUCGACCUCAUCUCCAACUACGGAAACGAAGCCGAGGCCGGAGCCAAGGCUGCUGGCAAGAAGGAGGAGGCCAAGUCAAGUGGCAAGGGCAAGGGUGGUCAAAAGUAA